CGUGAUCUGGACGUCAGCGCGCCGGCGCCGCCGAGCGGGCGCCCUCGGUUUCCGCGGGACCGCGGUGGCUGCCCGGGCGGUGUUUCCCCGCCGCGUCGUGCCCUGUGGCGUCCUUUCCUCAGGCCGCCGCGGCCUGCCUCGCGGCUCCGCGAUGUACCACAACAGCAGCCAGAAGCGGCACUGGACUUUCGCGAGCGAGGAGCAGCUGGCGCGCCUGCGGGCCGACGCCAACCGUAAAUUCAAAUGCAAAGCGGUGGCCAACGGGAAGGUUCUUCCAAAUGAUCCAGUCUUUCUUGAACCUCAUGAAGAAAUGAUACUCUGCAAAUACUAUGAGAAGAGAUUAUUAGAAUUCUGUUCAGUGUUUAAGCCAGCAAUGCCAAGGUCUGUUGUGGGUACAGCUUGUAUGUAUUUCAAGCGUUUUUAUCUUAAUAACUCAGUAAUGGAAUAUCACCCCCGGAUAAUAAUGCUUACUUGUGCAUUUUUGGCCUGCAAAGUUGAUGAAUUCAACGUAUCUAGUCCACAGUUCGUUGGAAAUUUGAGGGAGAGUCCUCUUGGACAAGAGAAGGCGCUUGAACAGAUUUUGGAAUAUGAACUACUUCUUAUACAGCAACUUAAUUUCCACCUUAUUGUCCACAAUCCUUAUAGACCAUUUGAGGGCUUUCUCAUUGAUUUAAAGACUCGCUAUCCCAUGAUGGAGAAUCCUGAGAUGUUGAGGAAAACAGCUGAUGACUUUCUUAAUAGAAUCGCAUUGACCGAUGCUUACCUGUUAUAUACACCUUCCCAAAUUGCCCUGACUGCCAUUUUAUCUAGUGCAUCUCGAGCAGGAAUUACUAUGGAAAGUUAUUUAUCAGAAAGUCUGAUGCUGAAAGAGAACAGAACUUGCUUAUCACAGUUACUAGAUAUAAUGAAAAGUAUGAGAAACUUGGUAAAAAAAUAUGAGCCACCCAGAUCUGAAGAAGUUGCUGCUCUGAAACAGAAGUUGGAGAGAUGUCACUCUGCUGAGCUUGCCCUUAACGUAAUUACGAAGAAGAGGAAAGGCUAUGAAGAUGAUGAUUAUGUCUCAAAGAAACCCAAACAUGAAGAGGUAUGUUCUCCAAAGGAAGAAUGGACUGACGAUGACCUCGUAGAUUCUCUCUAGCCAUUUGAAAUUGACUUUUCAAUGCUAACUGAUCACACGGAUGAAGCACAUCUUAACUUUAUUGAAAGUAUCAAGUAUAAUAAACUUUUCUAUUUGUUAUUUUUUUCCUUCCAAGAUAGCUUUAUGUGAAAUAAAACUUGCUCUAAACGGA